GCAGCAGCUGGGCCGGCCGAGAAGGGGACGGAAGAGGCGGAAGAGGCUCGGCGGGCGGGCGGGCGGCCCCUCUCGCCCCCAGCAGCCGCAGGCGCAGCAGCUCCUCCUGCUGCUUCUGGUCGGGGCUGCGGGAGAGGCGGCGCUUGCCGAGGCCGCUUUCCUCGCUCGCUCGCUCGCUGCCGCAUCGCCGACCGGCCGAGCAGCCCGCCCUGCCUGGGCCCCAGCCGGGAGCAAGGAGAGCCGCCCGCUCCAUGGUGGCGACGUGUCGCUUGGGAGGCGCUAGGCCGCGCCGCCGCCUUGGCAGCUUCUUCCCUCAGCCCCAGCGGCUGCUGCAGACUACAGCAUAAUGGCGACCCUUCUCUUCAGCUCUGAGAGAAAACAAACAGAACGAAGUAAAAGUACAUUACAAAGUAAAUACAGCGGAAGAGAGAUAAGGCUGUCUUCCGUUCCCACAGUCUUCUCAGACAGUGCUUAACCAGUGGUGACUAUAUGCAAUGGCCUCAAGCCACCGGUCUUCAGUGCCUCCAUCAAAGAGCAGUGAUACUUUCAUUAAAAGGGAAGUGGAUUCUGCCAAACGCUUUCGACCAGUGCAGUCGCUGCCAGAUGUAUGUCCCAAGGAACCAACAGGUGAUCCUAAUAGUUUAUGUGACAGUCCAUCUUUAGUUGCUGAUCAACAUAGAUGGACUAUUUAUCAUUCCAAAGUAAAUCUCCCAGCAGCACUAAAUGAUCCUCGGUUAACAAAGAGGGAAUCUGAUUUCUUUACAAAAACAUGGGGACAGGAUUUUGUGGACAUUGAAGUUGUGCCUUCACUCUACCUCCCACAGAUCAGCAAGGAAUUUUUUGUAACAUACCAACAGGACAUUGUUCAGAGAGAAAAGAUUCAUGAGAGAUGCAAGACCGUUUGUCCUCCUAAAGAUACUUUUGAUAGGACACUGUUACAUACUCAUGAUAAAUCCAGGACAGAUCUGGAGCAAGUAUCUAAGAUUUUUUUAAAACCAGAUUUUGCCUUGGAAGAUCCCCUAACAUUUAAUGCAGUAUUACCUUGGUCUCAUUUUAAUACUGCUGGAGGCAAAGGAAAUCGUGAUGCAGCUUCCUCAAAGUUGCUUCAAGAAAAGCUGAGCCACUAUCUGGAUAUUGUGGAAGUAAAUAUCGCUCAUCAAAUCUCUCUCCGCUCAGAAGCAUUUUUUCAUGCAAUGACCUCCCAGCAUGAGCUGCAAGACUACCUCAGGAAAACCUCCCAGGCUGUAAAAAUGCUUCGAGAUAAAAUAGGCCAAAUUGAUAAAGUGAUGUGUGAAGGAUCUCUUAAAGUUUUACGAUUAUCAUUGACUAGAAAUAACUGUAUAAAAGCAUAUAAUAAACUGAAGUUAAUGGCAACAGUGCACCAAACACAACCUACUGUACAACUAUUACUGUCCACUUCUGAAUUUGCUGGAGCCUUAGACUUGAUAGCAACAACACAGGAGGUGCUACAGCAGGAGCUGCAGGGCAUUCAUAGUUUCCGCCAUCUUGGAUCACAGCUUUGUGAAUUAGAAAAACUCAUAGAUAAAAUGAUGAUUGCAGAGUUUUCUACCUAUGCUCACAGUGACUUAAAUAGACCUCUGGAAGAAGAAUGUCAGAUUCUGGAAGAGGAAAGGCUUGUAUCUUUAGUGUUUGGACUUCUAAAACAAAGGAAAUUGAAUUUUUUUGAAAUAUACGGAGAUGAAAUUAUUGUAACGGCAAAAAAUAUAAUUAAACAGUGUGUGGUUAAUACAGUGUCACAAAUAGAAGAAAUAGACACAGAUGUGGUUGUUAAACUUGCAGAUCAAAUGAGGAUGAUGAAUUUUCCACAGUGGUUUGAUCUACUGAAAGAUAUAUUUUCUAAUUUAAUUUUAUUUCUCAAGAGAAUUAAGGCAACACUAAACGUUAUCAGAAGAGUGGUUCUCUUGGUUCUAGACAAGAACCAGAGGAGCAAGGAACUGGGUGAUACUUCUGCUCAGAAGAACUCUGCAAAGGACAGUACCAUAGACACAGAGCUGGUUUAUCUGACGCAUGAGGGCAUGUUCCUAAGUGAUGCCUUCAGUGAAGGAGACCUCCCACCUGCAGCGGCUUAUUCUGCCUCUCAGAGAAACCUUUCCCCAGACAGUGAACCCAGCAGCAGUGACUCUGUAUCUGAUCCAGAAUGUACCACUGACUCGUCAUCUAGCAAGGAACAGACUUCAUCCAGUAUUACACCAGGUGGAAUUGAUAUCAUGAUUGGUGAGGACAUAAAGCUCUCAGAACUGGAACUGGGUAGAUUAGCAAACAAUAUCCAGGACCUACUUUACAGUGCCUCUGAUAUUUGCCAUGAUCGUUCUGUCAAGUUCCUAAUGGCUAGAGCAAAAGAUGGGUUCCUGGAGAAAUUGAAUUCUACAGAGUUUGUUGCUCUUUCGCGACUGAUGGAAACUUUCAUCUUGGAUACAGAACAAAUCUGUGGAAGGAAGAGUAUGUCCUUGCGUGGUGCACUUCAAAGUCAAGCUAACAAAUUUGUAAACAGAUUCCAUGAGGAAAGAAAGACCAAACUCAGCCUCCUGCUAGAUAACGAGCGCUGGAAGCAAGCCGAUGUUCCGGCAGAGUUUCAGGAUCUUGUGGAUUCUAUAUCAGAUGGCAGAAUUGCUUUACCAGGGAAAAAAACAGGAGCACCUGAAGAAAGAAAGCCAACUGACUUCCUUGUUGUUGAUGGACAAAAAUAUGCUGUAGUUGGGACAGUGUUGUUGUUAAUUAGAAUCAUCCUUGAAUACUGCCAAUGUGUGGAUAGCAUCCCCUCAAUAGCUACUGACAUGCUUACUCGUCUGUCUGAUUUACUAAAGUAUUUCAACUCGAGAAGUUGUCAACUAGUGCUUGGAGCAGGUGCCCUGCAAGUGGUUGGCUUGAAAACAAUAACUACAAAAAAUUUAGCCCUCUCAUCACGCUGCCUGCAGCUCAUAGUGCACUACAUUCCUGUUAUCAGAGCUCACUUUGAAGCUCGCCUGCAACCCAAGCAGUUCAGCAUGCUUAGGCAUUUUGACCACAUUACCAAGGAUUAUCAUGACCACAUAGCUGAAAUUUCAGCAAAGCUCGUAGCCAUAAUGGAUAGCUUAUUUGACAAGCUGCUCUCUAAGUAUGAAGUGAAAGCACCUGUUCCUUCCACCUGCUUCAGGAAUAUUUGUAAACAGAUGGCAAAGAUGCAUGAAGCAAUAUACGACCUCCUUCCUGAGGAGCAAACACAGGUUAGAGAAGCAAGAAAUUGUGGGAGAUCUGCAGUCAAACCUAACAGUGCUAGUGAGUAUAGAGUAGGUUCAUUGAUGGGAGGGAGGAAGUAAGGGUGGUUUCCUGUUCUUCUCCCCCUCUUUCUCAUGCUGUACACAAUGGAGGCAGACAUACCUCAACAUAGCUCUCUGCCUCAUGUGUCUGAGGCUGCCUUUGCUGUAUUUAUCACCCCCAAAACAGUUAUCUUCAUUUCUUAAUGUUGCUACAUGACUGUGACUUGAUUAAGUAAAGCAUUUUAAAACUUACUUCACAGUGUGGUCUAUUUCAUUGUAUAGGGGUGGGGUAGAAGGGGACCAGUUGACUCAAGCAGCGGGAAUGGAAUUAAAAGGUUUAAUAGUCCAAUCCUAUGCUUUUUUAUUCUGCUUGAUGCCAGAUUUAAACUCUGCUACGGGAGCUCUUUUUGGGGGACUCGGGUGGCGCUGUGGGUUAAACCACUGAGCCUAGGGCUUGCCAAUCAGGUCGGUGGUUCGAAUCCCCAUGACGGGGUGAGCUCCUGUUGCUUGGUCUCAGCUCCUGCCAAUCUAGCAGUUCGAAAGCAUGUCAAAGUGCAUGUAAAUAGGUAGGAAGGUAAACUGCGUUUCUGUGUGCUGCUCUGGUUCACCAGAAGCGGCUUUGUCAUGCUGGCCACAUGACCUGGAAGCUGUACGCCAGCUCCCUUGGCCAAUAACGCAAGAUGAGCGCUGCAACCCCAGAGUCGGUCACGACUGCACCUUAUGGUCAGGGAUACCUUUACCUCUACCUUACUGGGGCUCUUUAUGUGCUAGUCCCGUGUUUUUAAAAACAGGCACCAGCCAUUUCCCUAUUGUUUGUUAACCCACACACAUGGGUCUGUAGAGGAUUAAAUAUAAUUAAUAUGUCCUCUUACCAAUACCCAUCAUAAAUUUAUAGGAUCCACACAAAGAAGGGAGUUCCAGUUGCAAGCAGUGCCCAGUGGCAUUGGCUUGCCAGCGACCCAGAGUAGUCUGUUGCCAUCUGUGGGAAUAGUGACUGAGGUUGCUUCUGAAAAUGGGCUAGUUAGAAGUUCCUGAGAGGCAAGUAUGUUCCUGUCCUCGAAUGCUAGAGGGAGCCAAACCCACCAGGAUGGGAGAAAUAAUGGGCUCUUUUUAAUUAAAACACGUAACAUAUACUAUUUAAUUGCAGCUAUUAAUUCAUUGUCUCAUUAAAUUUACUUGUAUGUUUGUGUAUGCUUGGGCAAAGAGAGUCCCAUCAAUCAGAAAAUAAGUAAACCAUUUCUUGGUACUAGUUUAAAUAUUAUGGCCCCUAUGUGAAAGCUACUGACAACCGUAUCUCCAUAGCCACACCCCAAGUGGGACUGUAGCAUCUAUAUGUAGCUUCACAUCACCACUAUAUAUUACUAACCUUCGGUGCAGUCCAUUCAUGCAGAGUUAUGUGAGAUGACAUCAUGAAAAAAUAUGCCAUAUUAAUCAUGGUUCCAGGGGAAAGUAUGGAGAACCAGGGGGUUGUUUUAAAAAAAACAAAAACAAUGGAACCAUUACUUAUGAAGUACUCAUUAUUUUCUGUGCUGGCAGAAGUGCACAAUGGCUCAUAAAUGCGAAGUUGGGUAUGUACAUAAAACUGAGCACAACUCACAACUCAAGUGCAUUUAACUUUAUAUGCUUGGCAAUAAAAUAAAAAUAAGGGGGCAGAAAGGGGACAGACAUAUGGGAAAAGAAGAGUUUGGCAAUCCUACCCACCAUUGAACCCAAUGUGUUUUGACUAUACACAAUUUUGGCUUUAUGCGCUAGCCCCAGAACAUAACCUUGGCGUAAGUUGAGUCUAAGAGAGCCAGUGUGGUGUAGUGGUUAAGAGCGGUAGACUCCUAAUCUGGGGAACCGGGUUCGCAUCUCUGCUCCUCCACAUGCAGCUGCUGGGUGACCUUGGGCUAGUCACACUUCUUUGAAGUCUCUCAGCCCCACCCACCUCACAGAGUGUUUGUUGUGGGGGAGGAAGGGAAAGGAGAAUGUUAGCCACUUUGAGACUCCUUCGGGUAGUGAUAAAGCGGGAUAUCAAAUCCUCCCUCCUCUUCCUCCUCCUCCUCCUCCUCCUCCUCCUCUUCUUCUUCUUCUUCUUCUUCUUCUUCUUCUUCUUCUUCUUCUUCUUCUUCUUCUUCUUCUUCUUCUUCUUCUUCUUCUUCUUCUGUAUUCUUCAUAGUCACUCCUUAGAGAACAAUACCUUUCACCUUCUUACUAUAUAUUCUAA